AUGCACACGGUUUUGACCUACGAGGGCAUGGACGGCGUCGAGCUGCGCGACGAGGCCGGCGACGGCGCCCUCGUCGGCGCGACGAGCGUCAUGCGCUACCGGGGCGAGGUCGCCGAGCUGCCCGGCGCCGCGCGGUGGGCGCUCGGCGUCUACGACAAGAGCACCGGCGAGGUCACGUUCGAGGCCUGCGAGGCCUACGCCGUCGCCGCGACGCCCAAGUGCCGCGUCGAGGGCGGCGACGACGUCGCCGAUCGGGACAAGUCCUGGCUCGAGCGCAACAUCGCGCUCGCGGACGCCUUCGGGACGAAGAAGAAGCAGAAGCAGCUACGCGCGCGCGUCGCGAACAUGGUCGACGCGGGCUCCGUCUUCGCCGGCGACGAGCUCUCGUCGACGGUCGCGGGCCUCGCCGAGGCCGCCGAGGCCGCCGCCGCCGCCGCGCCCGCGCCCGCGGCCGAGGCGCCGCGCGAGGACUACGCCGCGCUCUUCGGCGACGAGGCGGUCACCGCGGCCAUCGUCAAGCAGCGCGCGUUCCGCCUCGACGUCCAGGCCGAGCAGAAGUUGAAGAGUUGGGUGCCCGCGGACUGGUCGCCCUACGUGCGGGCGCGCCUCGCGAAGCUCGGCCCCGGCGACGGCCGGCUGUCGAACCUCCUGAUCCUGCUCCGCCACAUGCUCCUCUUCCACGCGCUGGACGGCCACGGCACGCUCAAGCUCGCCGACAUGAAGAUGUCGAAGCUCGUCCCCGAGGACGUCGCGCGCCACCUCUACGGCGCCUACGCGCAGGCGUCGGAGAACGGCGCGAGCGUCAAGUACGUCAAGACGCCCGCGCUCAAGGCCAAGCUCCUCUCCCACAUCCUCCUCGCCAUGCUCAAGGCCGAGGGCGGCACGGCGGACAUGGACGCGGUCUCCGCGGAGCUCAAGACGCCCGUGAAGACGCUCGCCGCGCGCUUCAAGGAGCUCGGCUGCGAGGUCAACACGAAGCGCAAGAAGGGCGCCAAGGGCCCGGCGAACACGGCGACGCUCGCGGCCUUCGCGGCGAACGUCGGCGGCGUUGUCACGCCUUUGCCGGACGGCGAGGUCAUGCUCGGGCGCGAGGGCGGUGGCCUGAGCCUCGGCGUCAUGUCGCCGCUCGUAUCGCGGCAGCAGGCCCUGCUCGUGCGCGACGGCGCCGGCGGCCUGCGCGUCGUCUCGCGCGGCCGCGUCAAUCCGACGUGCGUCGUGCGCGACGGCGGCGCCGUCCUGCGGCUCGCGCAGGGCGAGUCCGCCGCGGUCUCGCCCGGCGACGCGAUCGUGCUGCGGGGCGACCGCGUCUUGCGCGAGGGCGCGGGCCGCCUCGUCAGCGACGAUGAGGCGUUCACGCUCGUCGACGAAGAAGCCCCAGAUAUGGACCUGGCGGCGGCGCUCAGCGAGAUCGCGCGGCUCCGGGCCGAGCUCGACGCCGCGCGGCGCGCGCCGGCGACGCCGGCGGCCGCGGAACCGACGGACGCCGAGGCGGCGCCGGCGGCCGCGCCGAGCCCCAUGGAAGAGGAGGCGACGCCGGCGGCCGCGGAACCGACGGACGCCGAGGCGGCGCCGGCGGCCGCGCCGAGCCCCAUGGAGGAGGAGGAGGAGGAGGAGGAGGAGAAGCUCGAGCGUCCGAUGGACUCGCAGGGCACGGUGGCGGCGGCCGCCGCACCGAGCCCCAUGGAGGAGGUGGAGCGCCCGCUGGACUCGCAGGGCACGGUGGCGGCGGCCCCGGCGGCGGCGGAAGCGCGCCUCGCGGUCGACGCGGUCGACGCGCUGCGCCUGACGAAGGGCCUCGAGGUCGCGUCGCUGACCUACACCGAGGACGGCAAGCGCCUCGCGGCGCGCUGGCGCGGCGGCGGCGCGACGUGCGUCGAAGUCGUCGGACGCGCCUGGGCGAUCCGCGACGUCGGCGCCGCGAGCGACGAGGCCCGCGUCGCCCGGGCGCUGGGCCUCGCCGGCGCGCUGGCCAAGGCGUCGGCCGCGCCGCGCGCGGGCGUCGACGCCGCCGUCGCGGCGUUUCUCGACGCGGGCGCGCCGCGCGCGGCCGAGGCCGCGGAGGGCGACGACGACGACGACUCGGUCGGCGACUUCGACGACGACCCCUGCGCCACGUCCGCGCUCGUCGCGGCGGAACUCGACUCCGAGACCGACGACUCGCCCUACGAGGCGAGCGGCGACGACCAGCAGAGCGGCGCGGCGCCAAAGGCUGAGACGCGGGGGAGCAAAUUCGUCGAGCGGCUCCUCGCCGGCGCUGCGGCGGAAGGCGUGUCCGUGGCGUCCCUGCGCUGGGACGGCGACUCGCUCCGCGGCGUCGUCACCGGCAGCGGGGAGAAGCAGGUCGUCGUGACCGUGGAGGUCCGCGCGGCCGGCGACGCCGUCGUCCUCCGGGCGUCGUGCCGUCGUACCAAGGGAGACCAGAACUGGGGGGCGGGCGUCGGGCUCGCGGACUCGGUCCCCGCGCUGCAGCUGCUCCGCUUCGCCGCAAACAAGCCCGGCGACGUUGCUCGCGUGCAGGACGUCGCGGCAGAUGCCGCCAAGCUCGCGCCCCAGGCCGUCGCCGACGUGCUCCUCCACGCCGUCGCGACGGCCGCCGCGGGGACGACGUCGGCCUACGAGUGCCUCAAGGCGGCGAUCUCGACCGCGGCGCCGGCGACCGCGUCCCUGCUCGUGGACGCGGCCGCCGUCGAGAAGCUCGCGCUGCCGGCCGCGAUAGCCUCGGUCGUGCGCACCGAGCAGAAACCGAAACCCGCGCCUCCCAAGAAGGUGGUCUGCUUCAAGCUUGCGUCGCCCGUGUUCUACGACGCGGCGCGCGGCGUCGUCUUCGGGCGCGUCGUGCGGAAGCCCGACGAAACCGGAGAGUCGUACUUGAGCAGCACCGACGUCGCCUUCGCGGCCGCCCGCGACGGCGAGGGCCUGCGCCUCGACCCGACCCGGUCCUGGAGCGAAGACGACUCUGAGUGGAACCAGCCCCUCAUGACGCCGGCGGCCCUCGCGUUCUCCAAACUCGCGACGGAGGCCGUCGAAAUAGACGCGCUGCGGAGCGGGCUCUUGGCUCUACCCGACGUCCGAGCCGCCGCGGUCGACGUCGCCUUCUCGCCGGCGACGAGCGGCGCGGGGCUCGACGUGGCCCUGCCGCGCCUCCUCGCCGAGGCGGCGAGCGCGGGCGCCGCGUCGCCCGGGGCGGCCUACGUCCGUGACCUCGACGCGGUCGUCAUCGAUGCGGCGGCGCCCAACGACGACCCGGCAAUCGUGGCGCAGGAGAAGCGAGCGGCGACGGCGGUUGCGGCGUACUGCGAGGACGCCGAGGAGGCGUUCGAAGAGGCGGAGCUGGAGGUGAAGAACACUCGCGAGAGCUGGGUCAACGGCGAGGACUGCGGCUGCGAACCAGAGCCGUACGGUCGCGGCGAGUGCCCUUGCGGCAGCUGGGAUUGCUACGACUGUGAAAACGAGCGCGAUAUCGAAUGCAGCUGCGCGGUGGAUGAGAAUCCAUUGCCCGACGCGGUCGAGUUCGUCGGUGAGCGGCUCGAGGAGACGGUCGACCUGCUCCUGGACCGCGCCGAAUCUCUUCCGGAGAACAUCCGCGAGGCGCUGCUCGUGGGCGUCGCGGGCGGCCUGGUCGAGGCUCAAGUCCGAUAUCGGCCCACGAAGAUCAUCAAACCGGCCGGUAAGCCCGUCAAGGUCGGUCCUGGGACCUGGACCUGCCCCAGGGCCGUCACGGACCAGUCCCCAAUCGCGCGUGCGCUCGAUGAUGAGACCAACAAUCGGCUCGACGAGUUGACCGAUCGGGCGGUGGAGCUGGCCAAGGCGGGUCGGCCAGCUCUUUGCGCGAGCCUCGUGCAGCUCCGCCCGACGAACGCUUUCCCCGCCGACGACUUGGCCGAGGCGAUGGCCGCGGCGCCGGAGUCAAAGCCGGUCCUCCUCGCCGCGGUGAACGCCGCAGCCGCGAAGCUCGUCGCGCGAUCGACGCGGCGAUGCUUCGGUCGAGCGUCGCUCGGGUCCAACGCGCUGCGCGUCAAGGACAACUUCGAUAACGCCCGGUCAAACAUCCGCGAGCUCCUGGCGCGGGGCUGGCUCGACAAGUGGGAGACCGUGGCCGGUGCCUGUGCGCUGGACCGCACGGUGAAUCUGCAGCACUGCAUGGAACUCGUCGAUUUUGCGCUCGAGGUCGCGCGCCACGAAGCGGCGCCCGGCGACGCGCUCCCCGCGGUGCGACAGCAGGCCGUCGCGGCCGUCGAGGCGCGGCUGACGAGGAAUUCGCCGACCACCGAUGGGUCCCUCGACAAGAUAUCUGCUCAGACCCUCGACCGCGCCGCGGCGACGCUGCGGGCGAUCGCCGCGGAGGACGCCGGCGCCGGCGCCGCGGCGGCGGCGAAGCGCGCGCUCGACGCGAUCGCCGAGGCCAAGCUCUGGGACCGGUGGCCGGCCGUGGCUCGCGUCGCGGUCGAGCUCGACCGCGGCGCCGAGACCGUCGCCGCCGCGACGCGCGGCGCCGCCGCGCUCCUCGCCCACGACGUCGCCGCUGGCGCGGCCGCCGUGCGCUCGGGCAUCGCCGACGGCUGGCUGCCGGCGGACCGGUCCCUCGCGGUCGAAGCGCUGUCGAGUUGCGCGGAGGCGAAAGGGCCGUCUUGGCGCGGCGCGCUCUUCGAUCUGGCGCUCGACGAGGUGACGCGGCGCGGCGCGGCCGCCUCGCUCCGCGACUCCGUGCUCGACGCGAUCGCGGCCCAGCCGCUCGGCGGGGUUCUCGAGGGCGCGCCGGAGGCGUUCGUCGACCGCGUCGCGGCCCUCCGCCCGGACCUCGCGGUGGCCCUGUGCCUCGCGUCGCUCGACGGCGUCGCCGCCCGGAAGCGUGCGGCCCGCGUGCUCAUCGCGCACGGCUCGGACGACGCGCUGCUGGCCUUUGUGCGGGCCGAGGUCGCCGAGGCCGCGAAACCGAAAGCGACCAAGGUUUCCUUUGUUGCCCAGUCGGCCGACCUCGGCAUGAGUUUCUCGAAGGCGUCCCAAGAGCCAUACACCUCUUCAAGUUACGGGCAGCGGGGGCUCAAGGUGAUCGCCGUGACGGGCGCGGCCGAGGCCGCCGGCGCGAUCGACGGCGAGGCGCUCCGGUCCAUGGGCGAAGAUGAGCUGCGCGACGUACUCUUCGGCGGCGGCGACGCGCCCGGCCCGCGGCUCGCGGCGCGGAAGCUCGCGCUCCGGCUCCAGGCGUCCGGCCCGCCGCGCGCCUGGCCGUCGGCGGCGGCGCUCGGCGAGGGCCUCAACGCCUGGGGCGAGGCGCUCAACCUCCCGCUCGACUGCGACGGUGAGGUGCUCGCGUCGCUCGACGACGACGAGCUCGACGCCCUCCUGGGCGUCGACGACGACGAGGUCCCGGGCGCCGCGAAGGACGCGCUCCGCGCCGCGCGGAACCUCUGCCGCCGCGCGGUGCCGGGCUUCGACGACGCGCUGCCCCCGAAGCCCGAGACGCUCCACGAGGUCGUCGUCGUCGGCUCCACGGGCGCGGGCAAGUCGUCGCUGCUCAACGCGCUCGUCGGCGAGGCCGAGGUCCUGCCGACGAACUGCAUGCGCGCCUGCACGGCGUCCGUCGUCGCGCUCGAGUGCCUCUACGCCGCGCCGCGCGGCGCGCAGUACGAGGUCGAGGUCGCGUUCCUGAGCCGCGACGAGUGGGCCGCGGCGCUCGCGCCCCUCGCGGCGCACCGCGAACAACACGGCGCCGCGGUUCCGCCGGCGGACUCGGCCGCGGGCGCCGCGCGCGCGGCCGCGGUCGCGACGCACGGCGCGGACGCGGCGUGGCCGGCGCCCCUCGAGCACGAGCGGCUGGGGACCAUGAUCUGCUUCGGCGCGAAAGACGCGGACGAACUCCGGGACAAGCUGGACCCCUACGUCGACUCGGCGAACGACGCGUCCGCGCUCCAGCUCUGGCCUUUAGUACGCCGCGUCACCGUGCGCGGGCCCUGGGCGUGCCUCGGCGGCCUGCGCCUCGUCGACGCGCCCGGCGUCUUGGACGACAACGAGGCGCGGUCGCGCGCGGUCCGCGGCGCGCUCGCGACGGCGGACGCGGUGCUCUUCGCGUCGAACGUGCGGCGCGCGGUCAACGACAAGUCCAUCUCCGACGCGCUGCCCCUGUCCCUGCGCCGCGACCUCGCGGCAAACGGGGCCCUCGGCGCCGUCGCCCUCGUCGCGACGCAGAACGAUCUCGUGAACCGGUCGGAGAUCGUCGAGAGCCUCCGGCUCCCCGAGGCGACGACGCGCCUCGACGCGGCCAAGGCGCGCGCGGCCUUCUCGCGGGCCCGCGCGGCGGAGACCUUCUGGGAGGGCGUGCCCUGGCGCGAGCUGCCGGUGAAUUCCGGCGGGGCCUUCGACUUUCCCGUCUUUGUUUGUAGCGCGGUCGACUGUCAGAAACUGGAGAAUGUAAAGACGGGAGACGGGCCGCCGUCGACCUUCGAAUCCGCGGCGGACACGGACGUGCCCCAACUCCGCGCAUUUCUUGCGCGCGUCGCCGCGGGCGCCCGCGGCGCAAAAAAGCCCGGCGCCCUCGUCCUCGAGGCUCUCGCGCGGACCGACGCGUGCGCGCCGCCGGACGGCGAGCCCGACCCGAAGCGCGCGCGGCUCACGCUCGCCGAGGGCCGCGGCCGCCCGGCCGCGCUUCUCGUCGAAGACUCCAACGGCGCGCCGGCGCACGCGGUCGCCAAAAAGCCGGCCUCUCGGAUGAUACCUCGCCAAAAAGGCCUGACGCCUCACCAAGGCCUGUUUGCCGAGGGCGGCGCGCGGCCCGCGGCGGACUACGCGGCGGACAAGCCGCUCAAAGGCUUCAUGCUCUUCUCCAAGGAGAUGCGGCCCAAGGUCAAGCGCGAGUUCCCCGGCCUCUCGUUCGGCGAGCUCGGCGCGAAGCUCGGCGAGCUCUGGCGAGGCCUUGAGUCCGCUGCGAAGGCGAGCUACACGGCCGGCACGGAGGGCCACCUGGACCAGCGCGCGAGCGUGCGGUCGAAGACGAGCGCGAACCUCGCGGGUCGGCGGCGGAGCUCGCAGCUCGGGCGCGACGACCUGUCGACGGGCAGCGAGGCGCCGACGAACCGGCGCAGCGUCGUCCGGCAGGCGCCCGAGCCCGCGGGCCGCAAGGCGCUGCGCAACAUCCGCAAGGCGUCGCGGUCCUACGAGCACCGCGCGCGGAGUCUGGGCGGCUCGUCGCUGCUGCGGUCGGCGAGCGCGCGGCCGUCGACGGCGCCGCCGCCGGGCUCGCCGGCCGCGGGCCGCGCGCGCGCGCGCUCCUUCGGCGAGCCCUCCUCGCCCGGCGGCGCGAGCCUCGCCAGCGACGACCGCACCUUCGACGGCGCGACGGUCAUGACCGGCGAGGAGGGCCUCUUCCAGGAGUCGUGGUCCGAGGCGCGGCUCGCGCCUCUGCUGCAGAAGACGGACCGGCGCGAGGACUUUGACUACCUCGACGACAUGGAGAUGGACGAGUACCCGCCGCCCUACCUGAAGCAGCGCACGCAGGACGCGAACAUGCGCACGCUCUUCGGCAAGCGGGGCCGGCCCGGGGCGCGGUCGAAGAAGUGCGCCGUCGCGUUUUUGGGCAGCUUCUCCGUCGCGGCGCCCGUCGACGCGGCCGCGGAGCGGCGCUCGCUCGCCACGUCGAGCCUCGGGCGCGUCAUGGGCCUCGCGCAGAUCGCCCGGGACGCCGAGGCCGACGAGGCGGCGUCGUCCGAGAUCGCGCCCGCGCCCGGCACCGCGGAGCCGUCCUUCGAGGCCGAGAGCCUGCCGACGGCCGCGUCGCUCGUCGACGCGCCGCCCGAGGGCGAGGCCCUGUCGGAGACGCCGUCCGUGGCGAACCUGUCCAAGGACGAGGAGGCCAAGUACUUCGGCGACGACGCGCGCGCGAGGUUCGCCGCGGCGUUCCGCGCGUUGUCGAAGCAGGCGGCGAUGGUGACGUCGCUCGACGAGCUCAAGAUGGUGGGCCCCGUGGACUACGUCCCGGAGCUCGACGACUCCGACGACGACGACGACAGGGACCCGGGCAUCUUCGCGGACCCGGCGAGCCCGCGGCACCAGUUCCUCAUCGAAUUGGUGCGCAUGCGCGACCUGCCGCCGGAGUGCGUGCUCCUGCGGCGGGACCUCACGACGACGCUGAACCUGAGCCACCGGGGCCUCGGCGACGGCGUCGGCGAGGUGCUCGUCAAGGUCCUGCCGAAGCUGCCGGAGCUCGGGGAGCUGCUUUUAGCGGACAACCGGUGGACGGACGUCACGAUCGGCCCGCUCUUCCGCGCGCUCGAGAAGAUGGGGCCCAAGCUCAAGACGCUGGACCUCUCGCAGAACGAUCUGGACUGGCGGUCCGCGGCCCAGCUGUCGAGCUUCAUCAAGCGCAAGGUCUGCGGUUUGGUGGAACUCAGGGUGGCGCACGCGGACUUCGACGAUUCGGAGCUCGCGUCCGUCAUGGACUCCGUGAAGACGAACCGGACGCUGCGCACGCUGGAUCUCCGGGGCAACGGCAUCGGCGGCGCCAACGAGCUCUACGGCGCGUCGGGCUACGCGACGAAGAUGGUCAAGGUCAAGGCCACGCCCAUCGCCGGGAAAGCG